CUUCGAUACCUCAAAUAAAUGCAAAAUUAACUAAUUUGAUAACAUUUAACAAUUUCUCACUCACUAUUAUGAUGUUUAGCAUAAAUCACUGAAUUUUAUGUGAUGAAGGAGUACAAUUCUCAUUUGCUUAACUGACUUCUAAGAGUUCGUUUACUUACCAAAGUGCACAGUGAUAAAACUCAAAAAUCACUUUGUCAUUUCCUCGUACACAAUUUUUAAAUUAUCUUGUUUUGACAUUUCAUAUAUUUAACACAUUCAUAAUUAUCACAAUCAGCGUUAUCUCAAGAAUGUUUGUAACAAUAUGACAUCAUUUGCCAAAGCAUGUAUAGACUUUUCUAAUAAUUUGAAAAAUUUACGUUUUACUAAAUCAAAUGCUACAACCACUUCUUCAGCGGUUACAGUGAACAAUUCAACAGCUACGAUGACUAAGUCAUCAGUUGUUUUAAAGUUUGAAUCGGAUACAAUAAAAAACUCCGUGACAAAUGAAUAUAUUAUUUCAGUCACCAAUAGAAUUGUAGCCAAUAAUUCUAAAACUAACAAUCAUCAUUCCAUUAUUAAUUCAACUGAAGAAAAAAAUCGGUUUGAGAAGAAUCAUAAGAACAGUGAACACUUUACAGAUGAUAAAUGUACCAUUUGUAAUAAACUGUUCACUAUUCCUAAUAACACCAGUGCUAGCGAUGCAAGCAACAUCAAUAGCAAUACUACUAGUGUUAGUAGCACAAAUCUUGGCGGUAGAAUUUCAGAUGAAAAAGAAGACUCAUCAAUAUUGGGGAAGUCAAUGGUUGUAAAACAUUCUGAAAUUAAUUUCCUUGAAAACCCUUCGAUUUCUCCUAGUACAACAGCAAUGACACAAGAUAGAAAAAACAUUAUACCUAAUGGAUUUGUAAAUAGUGAUUCGUUAAAAACUAUGAUUUCAAAUUAUUCUGAUUAUCGAUUAUCGAACUCGAAAAUCUCAAACUCGUUACCUAGUAGUCCAGUGCCAAGACAUACUUUCACAAUGAAAAAUAAGCCUUCAUCAGAAAACAAUGCUGCUAAUAACAGACGUGCUCAUAGUAAUAUAAAUAGUUUAACAGAUUCCCCAUUCACAUUCAAAGCUACACUUUCGCCGACUAUGACACAUCGUUUAGCUAUUCUUGCACGUAACUGUAAAAACAGUAUUGUUAGUAACAAUAAUAGUAUCAAUGGUAGCGAUUCUACCAGCUUUACAUAUAAUCGUUAUUCAAAUAAUUCAAUUUCCUCGUCUUCUUCACCCUUAUCAUCUCAUCGUGGAACAACAGUAGCUGCCAUAAAACAAAGAUUGGUAAAUCAAGGACUACGAAUUAAUUUAAAUAUUCCAGUUAAGAAACUUUCAUAUACACGUUAUCGAGAUUAUAUAAGACGUCAAAAAAGAGGUUGUCCACAUACAAUUGAAUCGCUAUGGUUGAAUAAGAAUUUCAUGAAUAAUAUAUUUGCUUAUUUAACUGGAAAUGAACUGAUUCACUAUUCAAUUGUAUGCCGUACAUGGUAUGAAUUUAUGUGUUUAAAUGGUUUCCAGAAUAAAUUAUGCUUUGUUUUAAACAUCCAAAAAUUAAUUAGGGAAAUAGAAAACAGUCAUGAAGAUUCAAAAUCGAAUCAAUAUGCAGACUAUAAAGACCCAGUUAUUAUUUCAAACCAUACUGAUCACAUUCCAUUACCAAAUGAUUUAUUGUACAGUUAUUUAGAAGACUCUAUUCGAAUUCGCAUUGUAUCCGCUAUAAACAGACACCUGGAAACCAUUAAAAUUGUACAGUUAGUUGAGAGAUUUAGUUCAAUAUUGUAUAAUAUACUGAAAAUGCUAUUAAGCCCAAAUCACAACAUAAUUUUGACAUCACUAUCACAAUCCUCCACUAUUGAAACGUAUUUCCCUCAGGUAAAUACAACAGUUGCAAACACUUUAACUAAAACUAAAACAUUCAACAACCGAAACUUAUUGACAUCAAAUGAGAAUUAUUCAACAUGGAUAAAUGACACAAACGAGAAUAAUAACCCAGUGCUCAAGACAAAUGAUAUUAUUAAUUCAUUCCAAAACCAAGUGAAGAAACAACAACAACAAAAUGGUUUUAUACAAGACAAUAAUCUUAUAACAGUAAACUAUGCUAUACAAAAUAAGUUAUCAUUAAAUACUGAUUCACCUUCAGCAUCGAAUGAUACAUGGAAACUAAAAAAAACUAGUGAUUCUACAAACUCUAUCUCUUCAAACCUCUCAAGUCUGGAGAACAUUAAUAGUAAUUCAUCAUAUACACAUAAAUUUACUCAUAUAAUAUUUAAAUCAUGCAGUAUACUAGACCAAUCAUUGUCACGUUUAAUAAAUUUAUUUCCUUCUCUAAAACAAUUGGAAUUUGAGUGUUGUAACGAUUUUACUGAAUUAGCAUUUUGGUCUUGCCUUUUACCAAGCAUUGAAUAUUUAACAGUCUUUGAUUGUAUCAAUGUUUCAGAUGAAAGUAUGAAUGCGAUUGGACAUCUAUUACCAGAAUUAAAAUGUUUUAAAUUUCAAGCUUAUCACAUAACAGAUGCAGCAUUAAGUUAUUUCAGUACAAAACAACGAAUUAAUAUGCAUACAAUGGAACUGACUCAGUGUAUGGAUGUAACAAAUCAAGGUAUCAUGACACUGGCUUAUACACUGAACAAUCUACAAGUUCUGAGUUUAAGUGGAUGCAGCAAACUAACUGAUGACGGUCUAGAUGUGAUAUGUGAAAAUUUAAAACGUUUAAUAUCAUUGAAUUUAUCAUGGUGCUCGAAGAUCACUGACAGCGGAUUAGAAUGCGUAGCAUGUGAUUUAGUUCUGUUGAAAAAAUUACUACUAGAUAGGUAACUACAUGUUAAGACAAGUGAAGAAGUAAUGAUAGCAACUGGUACAAUAUGCGAACUGAAAUUGCAAAUAAUACUUGCUGGCCAGAAUCAACUGAUAUGAAGCCUAAGUCCAGGAUUCUCCAUCUAUUAUUUUCAACUAUGUCAUAUCAGAAACAUAAUAUACUGCCAUGUUGAAUGGCUUAGUCUAGUGGUUGCAUUUUCACUAAAUCAAUAUAUUUCGAUUAGCAAUAGAGAUUAAAAAUCAAAACAUCGGUUACUAUUACAUGAUCGAUCAGUGUAUUCAAUUGAACAAACAAGUAUUACUUACCGAUUUGCAAAAUUAUACUAAGGUCGUCCAUCAUAGAUUAUUGUAAUUUUAUUACUACAAUAAAUUUACACAUUUUUGUUAACUAGAUAGAGGUAAAUGUACAUAAAGCAUAUCUGUAACUUUUGGUUGUUCAAAACCAGUGUAGGUAUGAUAACUUAAAAAAUUGCAAUCCACUGACUUAGGCGACAUAAAAAAUAAAACAUCUAAAUCAUAGCUUCACAUAGGUAGAUAAACUUUGAUCAUUAGAACUAAUACUGCAGUAUGAAUUUGUUACACAAGAUUCAAAUGUUAUAUGGUUCUUGACCAAAUACAUGAAGAAUAUAUUUCUUUAUUUUAUUAGAUAAUAACCAUAUUACUAAAUAUUACAUCAAAGUAUAAUGAGGAAUUCUUAACACAAGAUAUAAAAUUUCGAUAUAAGUUCCUCUUAGUCAACAUUUUAAUUGUAAAAACUCAGUGACAAAAGUAUUGAAAGAUUGUUUCAACCAGCCAAUUCUCUAAUUUACAAUUUUCUCUUUGAGUUGGUUAAAGUGAUAUGUAGAUUUUGCAUUUGAUUUUACAUAUAUGAAUCCUAACUUAUACGCUUCUCGCCUUACCAAUGAAUAGCCAUGAGUAAGGAGGAUAAAUUGCAUUGCUUACACGAGUUCAAACGUCCAUUCACAAUCAAUUAACUAAUAAACACAAAAGGUUUAUCACCGACUUCACUGAUAGACUUCUAGGUCCUGAGUCACUUUGGUUUUUUCUCGAGUGUUCAAGAGACAGUAGGGAAUAGAGCAAGAAAUUUAACAAAAAAAUAACUAUUCAUUAACAAUUAACGGUUAUGAAUAAAGAAUUGUUAUUCAAUACCUUGCAUAGUAUAGAUAAAUAAUAAAAAUAUAUUUCCCGAAAAUUCAGAUCGACUUAAAUUGAUAUUAAAACAAUGACAUCCUUGCCUGCAAAUAGUUUGAUAAUUAUCAUCUAAUUUAUUUUGAAACAGAAAUAUUAGUUUAUUUUUUGUCUAUUGUUUAAUAAAUUGUUUCAAGUUACUAUAACAAUCAGAGUUUUCCAUAUUUACAUUAUGUUCGAUGUGUUUUUUGUUCAUGAGUAAUUACAGUCCAUCAAUGAUAAAUCCAUUGUAUUCAUAAACAUAUGUCUCAAUUGCUUAUUAUUUUUAUAACUAGAAUAAUCAAACAACCAAUAAUAAUAAUAAAGUGUAUUUCACUGAUUUUCUAUUGCAAUAACUUCCAACUCAAUAAUUUCAAUCAUCGUUAUAUGAUAAUAUUAUUCUAAUGAUUUCUUACUGCAUAUUCGUAGCAUACGUAUACGUUACAAAUUACAUCACUAGGUAAUUAUGUCAGGUAGCAGUCAUACACAACUAUCAUAACGUAUUUCAUCAUCACAAGUAAAAUUGAAAGAACUUCAAGGAUAAGCAUAAAACCCAUCCAUCAACCUCGAUUGGAAUUACACCCUGAUUUGAAUGAAUAAUCGAGCGAUAUAAGUCAUUAGUGGAGGCAUGAAGCAUUCUCUAUAGAUUUUAGACCAUCAAAGAACUAGCAUCGUUAAAAACUCAAAGAUCUAUAUCCACGAAAAGCAGGUUGGAUCUUUUGUACAUUGAUUGGUCACAUGUUCAAUAAGUAAAAGAUUAUCUCAAGGUUAAGGUAGCCUACAUUUAUUUUCCCGCUGUAUUUUCACCGUUUAAACUUAUUUAGUUAAACUAUCUUUCUUCUUAGACAGUUGAGCAAUGUAUUGAAUAGUAACUCCAGUUUUAUAAUCUUUCACUUAACUCAUAUCAUUUCACGAAUUACGUAAUCUGACUGAACAUUACAAGUGGUUUUUAAUCUUCAAACUAAUUCCCUUUAUUAAUUGUGACCAUUGACCUCAUGAAUUUAUUUGUCCUAAAAUCUGACCCAAGCCUAAAUUACAUUAUAUUCGGGACAUUAUCAACAAAUGUUCACGUAUUUCACCUUCAAUCUCAUGAUUCCAGUACUGUAUUUCUAAAAAUAUCUGUCUCCAAAUUACCCAUCACUUUUGAUCAUUAGUUUGAAUUGGUAACUAUAGUAUCUAAUUUGAGUUUACUUCUUUUUAACUAUUCAUCCACACAUCUGUGUUGUGAUUAGUUAUUAGUAGUAUAUGAAGAGAACGGUUAUACUUAUGGAGGUAGUUUCAGAGACUGACAUUUUCUUAUGAUCAUAAUAAAAUUAUUAUCCUCUUUUCUAAUCAUAAAUUUAUUUUACAAUUUUGAUAUCUCCAACCUCCCAUUCACCCGCUUUCAAUAAUUAUAGGUGUACAGAAUUGACUGAUCUGGGAAUAAGCCAUUUAGCAACAAUGUCUAAUCUUCAACAUCUCAGCGUAAGAUGGUGUAUCAAUUUAUCAGACGGUAGUAUACCUCAUUUACUUAGUACGACAGGAUUAAAUUGUCUAUGCCUAAGUGGUUGUAAAAGAAUAAGUGAAGAUGGCCUAUGUACAUUAGCUCGUCAUCCACGUUUGAAUUAUUUGGAAUUGGCUCAUUUACCAGCAGCUACACAACCAGUGAAGUUAUAUUUGAACAAAAAUUUACCCGGUUGUAAAUUAUUAUGUUAAUAACGUAAAAUAUGUACAUAUCCAUAUACAUACAUACUCAUAUACAUAUACUUAUCAUUUUACAUUCUGUCAUAUGGUACAUAUAUCAUAAGACAAUUAUGCGUAAUUAAUACAUACUAUACAAGUGUUUUUUUCUUCUACCCCCUUCCGUUUUGUUCAUACAAAGUACGUUUUAUAACAAUUGAAAUCAAACAAAAUCACCUCUCGUCAACUUUUUCUGUGAUACAAUACACAAAUGAAUAAAUAACGCUUUUAUUUUCGAAAAUUUACAUAUUUUUUGUGUUAUAUUUUCUGUUUAAUCAAUAUUCAUAUACACAUAUAUAAUCUUGUUUAUCAUGACGUUUCCACUUUUCUUAAAAAGAGAGUAAUAAGGGUACAUACGUAUUUCUUUCUUUUGAAAUUCACCGUCAUCACCAUUAACAAUAAUAUUUCAUUAAAUACAAAAAAUAACCCCAGUAAUAAUCAAGUUUAAGAAUCUUGAAAUACAUACAUUAUAAACAAAAAUAUCAUAUCAAAGGAGUUUUUUCUCAGGUUAACUGACCCACCAACAA